GCAGGGAAAGAGGUGGAGCGGGAGGUCGCCCCGCAGGCUGUGAAGCGGGGACUGCGCAGGCGUAGGUGGAAUCGCAUACACAAACAAACAAAACCUACCAACCCGAGGCCUCCAGCUCCUCUCCGCCCACCGUUCCCGCGCCUGGGCUCUCCCAGCUGCCAAUCGCCUCUCUUUCCCCACCCCCGUCAACGUCUGGGCACGUCCUCCUCGGGGCCCGGGCCUUGCACCGCCGUGCAUUUAACCUCUGCCCGCCCGGCACUAAGUUACAGACUGGAGCUGCACGGGCGGCGCUCGCUCCGGCCAGCGGGGAGCGGAGGCAGGAGUCCGAGCCUGCAGCCCCGGCGGGGGCGACAAUGACUUGCUACCGAGGCUUCCUGCUGGGCAGCUGUCGUCGCGUGGCGGGCGGCCGGGCGGCGGCGCUGAGGGGGCCAGGCGCGAGAGGCCCCGCCGUGCGGCCGCGACACCUGGGGCAGGGACAGCCGCGCGAGCUGGCGGGCUGUGGCAGCCGUCCCGACGGCGGCUUCCGCCCGUCCCGGGUGGUGGUGGUGGCCAAAACCACCCGCUACGAAUUCGAACAGCAGCGGUACCGCUACGCGGAGCUCUCGGAGGAGGACAUGAAGCAGCUGCUUGCAUUGAAAGGCUCUAGCUACACUGGAUUGCUUGAACGACAUUAUAUUCACACCAGAAAUGUGGAGCAUAUUGUAGAUAGUUUACGGAAUGAGGGAAUUGAAGUUCGUCUAGUAAAAAGAAGAGAAUAUGAUGAAGAGACUGUUCGAUGGGCAGAUGCUGUGAUAGCGGCCGGAGGUGAUGGCACAAUGCUUCUGGCGGCAAGUAAAGUCUUGGACAGACUUAAACCAGUUAUUGGUGUAAACACUGACCCAGAAAGGUCUGAGGGUCAUUUAUGUCUGCCUGUCCGAUACACACAUGCCUUCCCAGAAGCCUUAAGGAAGUUCUAUCGUGGGGAGUUCAGGUGGCUAUGGAGGCAGCGAAUCAGGUUAUAUCUUGAAGGGACUGGCAUAAAUCCUGUUCCUGUGGACCUUCAUGAACAGCAGCUAAGUUUGAAUCAACAUAGCAGAGCCUUCAAUAUUGAACGUGUUCAUGAUGAAAAGUCCGUGGCUUCAGGACCCCAGCUUUUGCCAGUGAGAGCACUAAAUGAAGUCUUCAUUGGGGAGAGUCUGUCAUCCAGGGCGUCCUACUAUGAGAUUUCAGUUGAUGAUGGUCCAUGGGAAAAACAGAAGAGUUCAGGACUCAAUUUGUGUACUGGAACAGGAUCAAAGGCCUGGUCAUUCAAUAUUAACAGGGUUGCUACUCAGGCUGUGGAAGAUGUUUUAAAUAUUGCAAAAAGACAAGGAAGUUUGAGUCUUCCAUUGAACAAAGAAUUGGUGGAGAAAGUAACAAAUGAGUAUAACGAAUCACUGCUCUACAGUCCAGAGGAACCAAAAAUACUUUUCAGUAUUCGAGAACCAAUAGCAAAUAGAGUUUUCUCAAGCAGUCGUCAGCGUUGUUUCUCCUCAAAGGUUUGUGUUCGCUCUCGUUGCUGGGAUGCCUGUAUGGUUGUGGAUGGAGGAACUUCUUUUGAGUUUAAUGAUGGAGCAAUUGCUUCGAUGAUGAUCAAUAAAGAAGACGAACUUCGAACUGUGCUGCUAGAACAGUGAAGGGUUUUCUCAGAUGACAAAUUUUGAUUACUGUUUUUUUUUUUUACUGCAGAAACUGGUUACUGGUCAUAAAGCUACCUUUUUUUGGGGGGCGGGUAUUGUUGAGACUGGUUGCCCCUGGCUCAAAGGUGACCAGGAGAGUGAAAUUCGCCUUUUUCUCCUGUUGGAUUGUGAUGGGAAAGAUGCGCACUAAGAAAAUAGAUGGACUAAACUGAUUGGAAUUGAUACUAGUGACAAUUUCUAUAUUGCUUACAAUCGGGAACCAAGAGUGCUGGCGUCUUUUUAAAUUUAAAGAAGUAAUAAAGGACUUAAUGUUUAGGAUUGGAAAUUCAACUGUACAGAUGUUUUUUCCUUCUCUUUUUCCCAGGUUUGUGAAAUUGGUCAGAUCAAACAUAUCCUUUUGAGUAGUGCAUAUUUUUUAUAGUAUCCUAAAAAUAGAUUUUUUUUUAUUUUGAUGAUAUUGAUGGAGAAUUUUGAUAAAUCCUGAUGUUUGACCUAAUUGAAAUAGGUAAAUGCAUUUUUAAACAUGCUAAGAAUUUUAUAAUUUCAGAACAAAAUGAUUUUGUUAUGACUCUAUUGAUUUAAAAAUUUCAAUCACUUUUGAAGUUCUUUACAGAUCAGUGUUUUCAUUUAGUUGGCUUUAAUUCAUAUUAACUUCAACAAUGCGAGGUGAAAUGCAUAUAAAAAACAAAAAAAAACCAAACCUAGUGCCGUCGAGUCGAUUCCGACUCAUGGUGACCCCAUAGGCCAGGGUAGAACUGCCCCGUAGAGCUUCCAAGGAGAAUGAAACGCGUAUGGUUGGGCAAAGUCAUGCUACUGUUACCAAUGUAUUUAAUUACCCAGCUGCUGUUUUAGGGCAUAAGCAUUCAUUCCUCUCUCUCUCUCUCUUUUUCUCUCUUUUUUUUUGGAUGAUUUGAGUUUAAUAGGUUUCUUCUGUCUUUAACAUGCACUAACAUGGAUUAAAAGGUGAAGAGGAUAAACUGAUUAGACAUCUUCUCUUAGGAGUUUCGUAACACUUAAAAUUUUUUUUUGUCUAGCGUUAGGAGUAUUGUCAGAAAGAAAAUGGAUUCUUUAGUAAAUAUGCAAGAUAUUCAUUUGUUUUGGGAUUGCCUUGAGUAAUAUUGUGGUUUCACUUAGCUCAUACUCCAAGUUUCACACAUCACCACUGGAGGGAUAAAAUGUUAUGGCUUUUCUUUUUUUUCCCAUUAUGAUUAGAGAAUUCCUUUAUUUUUGGAGGAAAUUACUUUUAUCUAAUUCUUGAUCUACUGAUAACAAGUACUCCCAGAAUUGACACAAAAAGCUCCUAUUGCUGCAUAAUGAGACAGCUGGUAUUCUCAAGCCAUUUAUCUAUAGUUUUAUCUUUUUUUUUUUUCCACUCAGUGAUGAAAGUUGUACUGGGUCUGGGUUUUAGGUGAAAGCUGUUCAGUCACUGACAAGUAUUUAACACCCACUCUGUGCCAUGUACUAUGCCAGGUGCUGGAAUUACUUUAAUGAAUGAAACAGACAUUCUUCUUCUAGAACUUAAGUCUAGUGAGCUCAGAAGUAAAUUCUGUGAAAGCUAGGGUGUAUAUUCAAAUUGAGUGCACUUAAUUUUGCCAACAUUUAACUUGCUGUUCUUAUCAAAAUUUCAAUAUAAAUGUUAGUAUAGUCUCCUGGGUGGUACAAAUAUUAAGCACUCAACUACUAACAAGAAGGUUGGUGGUUUGAACCCACCCAGAGAAUUCUUGGAAGACAGGCCUGGCAAUCUGGUCCUGCAAGGUCACAGACUUGAAAACCCCAUGGAGCAGUUCUAUUUUACACACUCUGGGUUGCUGUGAGUCAAAUUAACUCAAUGGCAACUAACAACAACAAUAUACAAAGGUAAUUCAGAUUUUGAUGUAUACCCAGAAGAAUCUGUUCAUUUUAGUUAAAAGUAUCUGCAAAAAUACUCAUAAUAAAGAGUUUAUAUAAUGCAUCAGGUAGAAAAGCAAGAAAAAUCAGUGUUUUCCCAGAGCUGGAGCUGGUUUCUGGUUUUAUUUUAAAAUGAUAGGCUAAAGAUACCACUUUAUAAACAAGUAAAGUUCUACAGUGUAGGAACUCCCCUGAAAAACAUUGCUGUUGAGUCAAUUCUGACUCAUAGUGACCCUACAGGACAGAGUAGAACUGCCCCAUAGGGUUUCCAAGGAACAGCUGGUGGAUUCAAACUGCCAGCCUUUUGAUUAGCAGCCAAACACUUAACUGCUGCGCCACCAGGGCUCAAACUCCCCUGAAAACACACACACAUAACCCAUUGUUGUUGAGUCGGUCCUGACUUGUAGCAACCCUAUAAGAGGUUUAAAAUGCCUUGAAAAAAGUGCCAACUCCGUCUUUAGUUAAUCUCAAGAAAAACUGAUUGUCCAAAAUGGCACUAUAAAAAAAAAAUUUUUUUUUUUUUUUUACUAUAGGUCUAUUAAUAUGUAUUGGUAACCUGCUGUGUAAAAUUAUCCCUAAGCCAUAUUUUAAAGGUUUCAGAAAUACUUAAUGUGUUUGUGAUAUAACUUCUAACAUUUCUGCUCUGGGUGGGAAUUUAUUUGUAAGAGAUGAUGAGACACAAAGGAUGUUAGAAUAGCAAAAAUGUCUAUGAAUGAGUUAAACUUUUCAUGCAACUAUAUGUGAAUAAAAUUAGAUGAUUGUUAUCUCUACUUUUUUAUUUCAUUAUUUCACUUAACUCUUAUGGGGUCUAUUUGAAAACCCGGUUUUCACAAAAUGUUACGUUUCAAAAAGUCUUUUUCCCACUGCUUGCACUAUAUAUUGUUCUGUGCCCUGUCGAUUUUUCAUUCACUGCUAAUAUUUGACUCAGGAUCAUGAUUUUUUUACAUAAUCAGAUGGUAGAGUGUUACCUGGUAAAUAUAGACUCUAAAGAUAAUUUUGACUUAUUUUUGAUAUUCUAUGUUGCUGUUGUUAGGUGCUGUUGAGUCAAUUCCGACUCAUAGUGACCCUGUGUACAACAGAAUGAAACACUGCGGUGCUGUGCCAGCCUCGCAAUUGCUGUUAUGCUUGAGCCCAUUGUUGCAGCCACUGUGUCAGUCCAUCUUGUUGAGGGUCUCCCUCUUUGCGCUACGCUGUACUUUACCAAGAAUGAUGUCCUUCUCCAGGGAUUGAUCCCUUCUAAUAACAUGUCCAAAGUAUGUGAGAUGUAGUCUCACCAUCCUUGCUUCUAAGGAGCAUUCUAAUUGUACUUCUUCCAAGACAGAUUCAUUCAUUCUGGCCCUAGUAUAUCAAAUCAUAUUACAGGCAGUCCCCAGAUACUAUGAAAAAGUUCCGUUCCUAGUGAGAACAGUUAGGUACGAUUUGUAUCUAACAUCAGUUAGUCCAAUAUUUGCCCUAGUAUAUAGUAUAUAAUGUACCUAUGUAUGCAUAAAAACAUUGAAUACUGUCAGAUACACUAAAACAUCUUUAACGCAGUAAUACACUAAUAAUAAUGUUUUGAUGUAGGUCACAAAGUAGUGCCUGUUUGUUAUUACCAGCUAUUGUAUGUACCUUGAAUUUUUAAUAUAAUAGGCUUUACGGGGUUGGUUCAUAACUACAGGUUGCGUGUGAGCCCCACAUUUGUAACCUGGGGACUGCCUAUACAUGUUUUCCUAAAUGUAUAGCCUUCACAUAUAAAGAAUUUCCAUUGAUUUCAUUUUUAAACAUGAAAAUAAAUACAACCAAAAUAAGCAGAUAGAUCCACCUAACAAACUAUUCAUUGCAAAAUAUUCACUUGAGUUGAAAAAGUGAUUGAAUAUAAAUUUAAGGAUACAUUGUUGCUCCAGGAGCCCUGGUGGCGCAACAGGUAAGCACUUGGCUGUUAGCCAGAAGGUUGCUGCUGGAACUCAGCCAGCCGCUCCACGGGAGAAAGACCUGAUGAAUGCUCUCCCAAAGAUGACAGCCAAGAAAACUCUAUGGGGCAGUUCUGCUCUGUCAUAUGGGGUUGCUAUGAGUCAAAAACUGAGUGAAUGGCAGCUAACAAUGACAGUUAUCUGUUGCUCAGCUGUGGAAAUAAGUGUAAUUUAGAAUUUAAUAACUCAUUCCACUGUGCCAAUAAACCAUAAUGUAAGCAUUAUCAUACUGGUGACAAGAUAAUUAUGCAAAAAAGAUCCCAGGGAUAAUGUGACAUGUAAAUGGGAUAAUGAAAAAUAUGUAUAUAUGGAGGAGGGUGGGGAUAAGAGCUUAGCUGAGAUAAAGGUAUGGGUUUAGCUAACUUUGUUCAUUUCUCCUGUUUCAAAAAUCAAACAUCAAUAGUAUUAAAAAAAAAAAAAAAAGUCAAAACUUAGGAUGCUGAUAAACCUGUUCAGGAACCUGAACGAUACACAGCUUUUUAUAGGAGUAGAUUGUGAGUUCUGAUUUGCCCUUUCUCAUAAUGACUAUUUAAAGACUGACUUAGGAAAUUGCCUAUAAUGAUAAUAAACAAUAGUUUUACUAUAGUGAACUUUGUCAUUCUUUUAUGGAGUGUGUGGAGGGUUAUCUGAUGUAUGGAUAAAGUAAUAAGUAGGGCAGUAUUUGAGAACCAGGUUUUCACAAGCUGUUAAAUGUUUUCCCCAAGUGCAACUAUUGCAUUUUUCCAAACUUUCUUUUAAUGAACAAAGAGGAUUUGAAUGAUUUGUCAGGUUGUCAUUCAACUAGAUUGUUUCUUCUUGGCUCUUAGAAGAAAAUAAAAGAUUUCAAGUCCCUUUGGUAAUUAAGCUUUGUUAUAUAGCUCUUUGCUCCUGCCUCACAUCUCCCCUCAAAGCAUCAUCUCUUCAUGAAAUGAUUGUCCAUAAAAUCAUUCUAUUAAUAGUUUAAAUAUUUCCAGUAGCCUUUUAAGUAGGUUAUAAUGGAUUAUCCACUUUACAUGUAGUUAAGGACUAAAAUACUGCCAAAUUCCUAUCUGUGUACUUUUUGCAUUGGAAAUUAUUACCCUGAGUAACUUACGAGUAGUUUUGCGUGGCAAAUGUAUUAUUAAAAGCCAAUAUAAAUGACUGUAGGACCAGUAUUUGUUUAAAAGAUUUGAUAUAAAUACAAGAUAAGGGCUGGGAUACAAAUAGAAUACAGUGUGCCUAUUAAUUUAAAAUUAGUCUACUUUGUAGUUCCUCAUUUCCAUCAUGGCCCUUGCCUUUUGAAGACCUUAAAA